AGGCCGUCCCGUGGCCCCGCCGGAGCGCUCGGCCUUGGCGGCGGCAGCGAUCGACGGCGCGUCUCGGCCCGUCCCGCCAUGAGCAGCCCCGAUGCGGGCUACGCCAGCAGCGACGACCAGGCACAGGGGCGGUGCUCGCUGCCCAUCAUGAUGCCGGCCAUGUGCCCGUGGACAGAGUCGCUGAGCCCGCUGGGCGAGGCGAAAGCGAAGGGCGAGGCGGCGCCGUCGUCGGGGGCGGCGGGCGGCCGCAGCAAGAGCGAGGCGCGGAUCCGGCGCCCCAUGAACGCCUUCAUGGUGUGGGCGAAAGACGAGCGCAAGCGGCUGGCGCAGCAGAACCCGGACCUGCACAACGCCGAGCUCAGCAAGAUGCUGGGUAAAUCGUGGAAGGCGCUGUCGCUGUCGGAGAAGCGUCCGUUCGUGGAGGAGGCGGAGCGGCUGCGGGUGCAGCACAUGCAGGACCACCCCAACUACAAGUACCGGCCGCGGCGGCGGAAGCAGGUGAAGCGCCUGAAGCGGGUGGAGAGCGGCUUCCUGCAGCACGGCUUGGCGGAGGCGGCGGCGGCGGGGCCCGGGCUGGGCAGCGAGGUCGGCGGCGGCGGCAGCGUCGGCGGCAGGAUGUGCGGAGGGCUGGGACUGCCCUACGCCGAGCAGGGCUACGGGGCGGCGGGCGCGGGCCACUACCGGGACUGUCCGCCGCUGGGCGCCGCGUUCGACGGCUACAGCCUGCCGACGCCGGACCCGUCGCCGCUGGACGCGGCGGAGAGCGAGGCGCCUUUCUUCGCGGCGGGGCUGCAGGAGGAGUGCGCGCUGGUGCCCUACGGCUACGGCCCGCACCCGGCGGCCGCCGAGUACCCUGCGGCGGGCGAGAGCCCGUCGGGCGCGUCGCUGCGGCGGCACCUGGCGCCCGGCGAGGCGCUGGGGCCGGGCGGGUCGCUGCAGGGGCUGCUGGGCUGCCCUGCGCCGCUGCACGCGUACUACGGGCAGGCGUGCCAGCCGCCCGGCCCCGGGCGCGGCCCGCCCCCGCCGCUGCCGCCGGGGCCGGUGGGACCCGUGGGACAGCCAUCCCCGCCUCCCGAGGCCGCGCCGUGCCGGGAGCAGCUGGAGCAGCUGCCACCCGAGGAGCUGCUGGGCGAGGUGGACCGCACGGAGUUCGAGCAGUACCUGCGCUUCGCCUGCAAGCCCGAGCUGGGGCUGCCCUUCACCGGCCACGACGCGGCCGGGCUGGCGGCGCCCGACGGCUCGGGUCCCAUCUCGUCGGCCGUCUCGGACGCCAGCAGCGCCGUGUACUACUGCGGCUACCCCGACGUGUGAGGGACUGUCUGGGGCACGGCACGGACUGGCAGAGAGGCGCUUGGCCCCCUCUCCUAUUUAUGUAAUUUAUUUGAAUCUUGAGAACUGACAGGGUAUCUGUGACGUGCUUGAGGUUUAAAAGGCCAUGCGCCCUCUCUCUGUCCAGGUGGUGCAGGUCUUACCAUCACUGUCCGACAGUGAUAUGUAGAACUGUUUCCGAUGUGUAAUCAUGAUACUAGUGACUCACGGGGAAUACAAUUUCUGAGAUCUUGUUAGAGAUCCAUAUGCUUUUGUAUAUUUUACAGAGUGCUGAUUUUUAUAUGAUGGAUUUGUACAGAAUAAUUUUGCACUUUUACAAAUAAAGGGAAAAUAAUAAAACUGGUCUCUGAUAUCUCCUCAAAGAGAUCUUAUCGACCUUUGUAAUUAAUUGUUACUGCCUUUUAGAUUAAUUUCACAAUUAAGUGCAGGUCUUUCUUGCACUAAGCAUUAGGUCCUCUCACACUUUCUGUAGAUGUAGUCGUCUCUCCUGUUAAUGAUAGACAAAAAAUUUAAACGUUCAGAAA